GUGGUGGCAACAGUCGGCCUCCGACCGUCGUCCAAGUGUGCAUAAACGUGAACCCGGUGUGUUUCUUGUCUACGAAGCGAAAAAGCAAGAACAAGCAAGGUCUGGAAGCGAGGGAACAGGCCGGGACGAGUUCCCUUUCGGCUCGUUUUUUCUCUUUUCGCUCGGACGUGUCCGAAGGAAGUGUUCGUAUUUGAUUUUGCAAUUAUUCGAAAUCGGAGGGAGCUGUUUCGAGACCGUGUGUAUUUCACCGUGAUGAGCAUCGAGGGUGUCGCGAAUCUCCUCGUCGCGACUAACUGUUCUCCUUGAUGCUUGGUCAUUCUUAAGCAAUCACCGGAUUAGUGUUAGGUGCAGCGUUUCCUUGCGUUCUUUUUAAAUUCGUUUUUUCGCGGUCUGGCAACCGCGGUUGCACGAGUUCGCGACCCAUCGGAUCGAUGAGGUUCGAGUGAUAUUACAGCCGGUGUUGGGCUUUGUGCGCCGAUCUAAGCGAAAGCUGAUCCAUCGAUCCGGUCUGUUUGAAGGAAUUCACUGAAAUAGCAGGCGCCGCAAUCAAGAUGAGGAUCGACCAGAUCGGUCUUCUGCUAUGGAAGAACUACAUCGUCCGAAAACGCCAGCCGGGAAUAUUGGCGCUGGUAUUCGUAUGGCCAGUGGUCGUGUUCAUGAUCCUGUACACGAUUCGGGACAACGUGGACCCGAAGUACUAUCCAACUUGCCAAUUUCCAGCGAGAUCGAUGCCGCAGAAUGGACUGCUGCCUUUCGUUCAAAGUUUCAUUUGCAGCCUCGGCAACCCCUGCGAUCCCCUCGCGGAAUACGAAGAAGUUCCUUCUUACAGAAACGCCACUCUAGGUUCGCUGGUGGUGGAGUUACAACCAAUGCUCGAUAACGAGACGGUUCUCUCCGCCGUGAGUACGUUACCGAAUAGUAUUCAACUCCUAAAAUCAAUGGCGCAAAUACUAACCAGACCGGAAAUCAAGGCGUUGUUCGAUCGUGGCAUUCGAUUGGGCGAUCUGUUCAACAACCACGAGGAAAUCAAGAACCUCCUCAGGCUCCAGAUGCCGUACGCGCGUGAAGGACUGAUCGACGAAUUGUUCGAAUCGUCCAUAAAAUUAUUAUAUCUAAUCGAGGCAUUCGGUUCCUCCAACAUCGACGGGGUGAUAUGUUCUCCAGAAAAUCUAAAGAAGUACCUGAUUUUACCGAAAGAGGAGGACUACGCGGAAAUCUCGAAGAUCCUCUGCGACAUCGAUUCGGAAAUGAUUCCCAAAAUGCUCGAAAGUUUGUCCAAACAUCUUGACUUUUCCGGUCUCAUGGAAAUGGUGGACCGUGCAAUGGCGAAGUUUCGCGACUACGAUUUCUUCGAGGACUUGAAACGGGCCGUCGAAACGAUUCUAGAUCUGAAGGUCGUAAUGAAGUACGUCCCGGAGUACUUGAGGAUACGUCGAUGGCUGCCGAAGAUGAUAAUGGUCUUCAAGAACGUCACCUUCAAGGACAUCGAUCUUACCUUCGUGAACAAAUCGUUGACGAUUUUGGAUCCCGUGUUCUCGGCGGAGCACGAUUGGCCGAUAGCUCGACGAGUUUUCCUCAGGCUGCAGAAGCUGUUGGAGCUGGCGAAAGAGAUGAAGGACGAUCGAAACGGUAAUCAAACGGACGAUUUUUUUACGAUAAUAGAACGAUUGAAGGGUUCCAUGCGAGCCGUGUCGCUGAAUAUUGGAAACAACGAAAAUUUCACUAAGAUCAUGGAUCUGAGCAUAGCGAUUCUACACGAUGGAGCGAAGCUGACCAACAAGAUCAUAGAACGUCACGUGGAUGAGAUUGAAUUAUCAGUCGAGAUUUUAGACGGGCUGAAAGAUUUCUUGUCGGAUCACGUUCUAGCGACGUUGAGUUACAUUUUAUCCUUCACGCAGGCGAUCGUUAAGAUGAUACAUCAUGCAGCCAUCAUUCACGAGGAUGUUCCUUAUAGGAUAUACAAUAUCUCUUUAAACCACAAGGAUACCGUGGAGAAGCUGUUGACCAACGUCGAUCCGAACGUCUACCGAACUUUCAUGCGAUCGUUCUCUAACUUAAAUUUUGUGGAGAAAUUCGUGGGCAAAGUGCGGCAGAGCAAGGUGGAAGAUUUUUUCUGCCAGGAGGAGAUUCUAAACGAAGUCUUCGAGAAUUUUAAGGACGCCAAAGACGAGUCGAGUUAUAUCAAGGAACUACUGUGCAGCGAUCCUGGGAAGAAGUUGAUCGCCGACGUAUACGGCGCUUUCGAGUUGAAGGAGUUCGAAAAUAUCAUGACCGACUCUUUAUCCGCCGUCGUCAGCAUGGUGCUCAAGCAGGUAAUCGGUAUCGAAAAAUCGAACCUGACGUCGGUCGUGAAAAGCGUAAAAGGAUUAGUGUCGUAUUUGGAAUCACCGACGCCAUCGGAACCUGACUGGUCUGUUUUUAAAUCGAACGAAGCGUGGACAGCUGCCUUCAAAGAAACUGAAGCUCAAGGAAGACUGAACGUCUUGGGGAUACACUUGAGCAUCGCGAAAAUGAUCGGCUCUCGUAGCUUAACUUAUGCGACCAUCCGACCCGAUUUAGAGAACAUGGACAUACUCGCAGAGAUUAUUUUGCAAGACUUGAGGGAGAAUCCGACGAGUUGGAUCGGAGAAGUCAGACGUCGUAAAGCGCAGCUGAUCGAGUCGUUCUACUUGACUGUAACCGAUAAGGAUAAGGCUUUGAAGAUUUUAGAAUACGACAAUUUCACUCGCACUUACUGCACGGAUCCCAAUCCUCCUGCCUUAUUAAAUUUUCCAAAAGGAUCAAACGAAACGGUGCUGAAAUCACUCGUCUGCCGUUUAUCGAAGUCCGUGCAAACUGACCUGGAAUUGAAUAUCACGGAGAUCGAGCUGAGAGAGGACGCUCGUUACUGGAAAAAAGGAUCUUUCAACUUCACCGAUUUCAACGCUAAAACGAUCGAGAUUUAUCGGUACAUCGAUACUCUGAUUCAUCAAAAAGAUACCGAUUACGAUUUUACUAAUUUAGAGAAAUUGAAAGAGGACUUUCGCACGUCGUGGAGCAUCGAUCUGUCGAUAAAAGAUGUUUUCGAGCUGAGCGUAGGUUUGAUCUGCAAGUUCUUCAGCGUGAUGGAGAGUCCUCUCUUCCGGACGAAAAGUGGAUGGACGGAGAUGCACGCGAUGGGUUGGGCGUCAUCGGUAAUCUUCGACAACGUCGAGAGGAUCGUCGAUCAAAUUCAAAGGAACGAUCACGUGGCCAAGCUCUCCGAGGUGCUGGAGGACAUGCCUCAAACGGAAAUUCUGUUGAGUGCCAUUCUACGAAAUUUGUCCCCGCUGAUUCUCGACGUGGUCGACAUUAUCACCAUGAAACCGAUCCACCUUAUAUCCGUUCUCGACGAUUACAAAUUCCGCGAAGAACAAUGGCCGUGCAUACAAAACGAGAGCGUAGGGGCCGCCAUGGAGCUGCGAAACGGCACUCGCGAAAUUGUGCGAGAGAUCGAGAGGAUAUCGUGCAAUCCGGCUUUGUUCACUCAAGAAUGGAGGGACCAACCGGUGUUAACAAGGGCGCGAAAGAUCUUUCAACGCGACAGCGCGGUGCAACUGCCUCCUUUUAAUUGGACCCUGGGCUACGGCAAGUUCCGCCGACUGGCUAAGAAGAUGGACGAUCUGAUCAAUAACGCGAAGCAGGUUGCCCUAGCCGAACAACCGAACCUGUGGGAACAUUUGGAAUCGCUCGUACCGGAAGUCAAGAGCAUACUGAACGAAAGAUGGCCGGACGUGAAGAGCGAUGCCAGGAGCACGCUAGACUAUAUAGAUAUGGAGCUCGACAAGACCGUGUCAGCUUUCCAAAGCAACCUCUCCGCAUCUGGUGUUUGGAAGCCAACGAUUGCCAUCCAGGAUCGCGUUCUUGUGCUACUGAAAUUUCUCUCUCACGUUGUUCACAAGACCACGAAAACCAUGUCUGAAAUUCUACGCGACACGACUGAAUCGAUUCCAUCGCAAACAUCCAUGACGCUACAUUUCUUACCGCUCAUGGGGUUCAAUAAGAGAACGGCUAUAGCGAUUUACUACAACCAGUUGCCUCAUAUCUUGGCCACGUUGAUAAACGGAUUAUCGGACUCGCAAUUCGACAAUCAGGUGGUGCAGUCGUUUAUGAACAACGGCGGUGUCACUUGUUCGCAGAUAUUCGAAUGGCUGUCAAAUUUCGUCGUCGGUGUCGAUUCGGAUGACUAUAGAAUAUUAAAAAAUUUCACUUGCGACCUUGAUCCUGAUAAUUUCAACUCUUACACCGACUUGUACAUGGCUGAAUCCACUGUCUGGAAGAAGCCCACCAGCAAAUACCGAGCUCACACGAUGAACGCCAUAGGAGACGUGUACGAAUUCGGGCACGAAACGUGGAAUGUAGUGAAAGACUCGAAAGACAAGAACAUCAAAGUCGAAGUACCAUUUUCAACGUCUUACUUAAUGUCCACCAUUAAAAAAUUGAAGGAGACCUUAGAGGACUAUGAUACAAAAACCAAGGUAAUAAAAGAUAAUUACGAAUGGAUGAAGCAUAGACUCUUCGUGGAAGGAAUUUCGGAAGCUUUGAUCCACAUAGCUAACGCGAUGAAGAGUAUGAAGGUACAAAAUGGUCGCGUGAACAUCUGGGACUUCGUCGAAAACAGCGACGUGAGGCAGUUGCUGAAGAUCCUCGACGAACAUCCCGAGGAGACGAUAGCUUUGGUAGCCAGCCUCAGUGACGCUAAUCUGAAUACUGGUGGCUUCAUGUCGUACGAAAACGUGAGGAAUCUCGUGUGCCACUACCGUUUUCGUUCGAGUUACUGGUCCACUCCGAACAGGACACGAUUCCUGCAGGAGGUGUGCUCGUUCGACCCCUACCAAUUGCUGAAGACGGUCACCAGCGAGGAAUAUUACCUCCUCGUGACCGGACACAGAAGUACCCUGGCGAGAGUAACACCUCUAGGCCCAUCUCUGACCAAACUGUUGGACGAGGUCAUAAAGCUACACGAAAGGGAGCCAAAUUUGAUCGUGCAGUCCAAAAUCUUCGGUUCAACGACCUGGAGGAAGCUCUCGAACGAGACGUUGUCUGUCAUUCGCAAAACCGGUGAAAGCUGGGCGCACAAAUACGUUGUUGAGUCGAGAAACAGGGCGCAUUCGAAAACGGUCGAGUCGAUGGGUUCGGCUCAUCCUUUGGUGAAGGUGUUAAACAUGUAUCAGCUUCUUGACGCUACGGUCGAGCUGUUGACCGGCGGGGAUAUUUGGCAAAAGCUACGAGUCAUCUACGAGAACUCGAGGGUGAAACCAAUCUUGACUCUGAUAGAGGACAUACCGAAUCUCGUCGUGAGCUGUGUUGACACUUUCGUGAAGUCGGAGAGAUUGAACGAUUUCGUGGAGAAGCUUACGUUUGGCAAGCUACACCCUUGCGACAUCGACAAAUAUUUGAUCGUACCCAGUUUCGUGAGGAAGAAAGUUCUCUUGUCGAGCGUCACCAACUUCUGCCAGAAGAUCGUUUACGCUGAUAGACAGCUGACUUUGAUCGAUGUAUUGCCCCUUGACGCCAAGCACGAGGAGAGUCUGGUGACUGGAUCCGGGGAAUUCAACGAAACUUACUUGAUGGAAAAAUGGGACCAUGCACAGUCGACGAUCAUUCGAAUCGCGUCUGAAGGAGUCAAAGACUUGAAGGCACCCUUGUGGUGGACGUCCUUCAAGGAGGGCACCUUCGAAGACUUUUUGUCUCAUUACAAGAAACAGGACUCGAGAGCAUUGGCUCAUCUGGUGGUCAAAAAGGUCUUCACGAGCUUGAGGAACAUCAUGAAUUCUUACGAGAGCACCGAAGAGUGUUCAUGGUGCGUCACGUUCCCUCUCGAAAUUCUAAACUCCCAGCUAGUGAACCAUCAACUGUACUCGAAGCUGCUGUGUCAGCUGAAUCGAUUGAAGGUGUCGGAGAUUCAUGACAUUUUGAUGCGCGAUUUCUACUGGAACAAAACCGCCAGCAUGGUGAAGAACUACAGGUACCUAAACGUGAAACGAAGCAGAGGCGAGUUUUUGAAUACUUUAGAGAGUACUAUGAACUACGUGGUCGACAUCAUAGUGAAUUUCCAAAACGAAACCUAUAGGGAUAGGAUAAAUCAGUGCUAUCAUAAUUUUGUUGGGCAACCAGCAGCCAGUAGGCCAGGAUUGUACGUGUCCAUGGCUCUGGGGAUUCUGGACUCCCUGCAGAAGAACGUGUUCAUCCUGGACACGGCUAGAAACCACAGGAACAUCGAUGCAUUGUCAAAACUGGCAGAAAUGUACGUUCCAAUUUGGAAGUCCGUUCGUGAUGUGGUGAAGUCGUCAGACGUCGACGACAUCGACGCGUUUCUACCUGGCGCAAUGAUCAACGUGAAUGCGGUCUUGAACUCUCGAAACGACACUCUCUGUCGAACGAAGAUCGAGUGUCGCAACUCGACGAUACUGUAUAAUUAUCUGAGCUCGAAAAGAGCUGGCAAGGCGUUCCGUUACGACCCGAAAGCCUCGAGUUAUCAUUCCAUCAUGGAGAUCUCUGAUCGAUUGUCGCGGAGCUUGGAUCUGGAUCGCAUCGAUCGCGAUCGUAGGCAAUGGCGUAUGGAAGCCACGUGGAAUUUAACGUGGCUGAGGGAGAUCCUUGGCCACUUGUCCAUCGUUAUCGAGGAGAGCGGCAAUCUCCUUGAUGUUGCCAGUAAAAUAGACUUUCAGGACGUUUCCAACGUUCUCGGUGUCCCCGAUGUCGUCGACGGUGUCGUUAAUAUAUUGAAGGAUAAAACCGUGGACAAACUUUUCGACGGGAUGAAAGAGAUAGUCGAAGAUGUGAAACCGUUCAUCUCCGAUCAGAGCGUGCUGGACGACAUUCACAGCAUAAUCGUGGCGCUGGAAUCGAUGGAUAUCUUUAAGAAUUUGGGUCUCCUCGAUAUGAAAUACGUUAUCAGAGACAUGUUCGACAACUGGGACGUGGUAAGAUCGUACUUGGUCGACAAGAUGGGAAUUUCCAAUGAUGUCGCGUUGAUGCUGAGCCAGGCGAAGAUAGACAUGAUUUCCGUUUUCAUGAAAGAGAGAAGGGCGCUCAGUUUAAAGGAGAUCAUUUGCUCGCCCAAGAAACUCGACGACAUGUUGAAUUUUAACGGCAGCAUCACCGCCGAGGAAGUUAGCUCCGCGAUUUGUCAGUUCGAGGACUCGCAGACGCAGAACGUGACGAUAACCCUGAUAAAAAAUUUAAAUUUUAAUUACAUCUUUAGCACGUUGAAAAGUGCCAACGUGAAAAGUAUACUAGCCAAUGCAAACUUAACGGAAACGGAAGGAAAGAUGGUGCUGAAUAAUCUCGGAGUGGCUGCGGAGCUAUUGCCAUUCUUCAGGGACAAACUUUCCUCUAAAAUGCCGCUGGCAGAAGCUUCGAAUUCGAACGUCGAGGAAACAACAGAUCAAACAGUCUCCGCCUCGAAGUUUCUUCAAGAUUCUAGCCAAAUGCUUUGUGGACAGCCGAUGGUUUCCGACAACGGGGAUUUGUACAAAAUUAUUUCGAAGAUCGAAGACAACAGCAAGGAGUUCGACCAGGAAGAACUAGAUUCUUUGCCCACCGAUUUCUGCAGGAACACUUACAAGGGGAUGGUCGCUAUGGGUGGCGGUAAAAUCAUAUGGUCCUACGUUAAACCCCUGCUACGAGGUUACAUCCUUUAUGCCCCUAAUACCACCAUAGUGAACGAAGUGAUGGCAUUGGCUAAUAGAACGUUCGUAGAAAUGGAACAUUUCGGGAUAUUGAUGGAUAGUUUCGAGAAAACUUUGACCUCGUUGGCGAACCUCUCCGAAAUGAGCGAUAGUCUCAGGGAGCUGCAGGACAUAAUGUCCUCCGAUGUUAUAAAAAUAGCGAUCAAAUCCUUCGGCGGUGGCAAUUUCGAAGGCGGAGAUUUCACGGAUAUGAAUCUUAGCGAGAUCUCGUGGCGACUUAAGAGGUCGAAACGUCUGAUCACGAUGGUCGGUAUGUUGAAUGAUUUAUUGGAGUGCGUGCUCGUGGAUCGAAUAAAGGGAUUCCGGACCGAGAAGGAAAUGGAGGCGGAGGCAAGAGUUCUGAUGGGGACACGACAAUUUCUAGCCGGUGUUGUUUUUUUGGAUAAAAGCUCGAGGUCGGAGAGAUCCUUGGAUCAUCAAUUACCCGAGAAUGUUGUGUACAAGAUCCGAAUGGACGUCGAUUAUGUCCAGUCGACCAAGAGACUAAAGAACCAAUUUUGGACUCCUGGUCCGGAGAGCAGUUUUAUAGAGCACCUCAGAUAUCUCCGAGGAUUCAUACAACUGCAGGACUCCAUCGACAGAGCGAUCAUUAAAACGAAGAGUCAAAGAGAUCAAAAUUGGCAAACCAUGACUCAACAGAUGCCGUAUCCUUGCUGGAAGGAUGUACCCUUUCAAACCACGUUGUACGAGUCCCAGGGUAUUCAGGUCUGCUUCUUCUUUGCGCUGAUGAUGUGCGUCGGUGCUGCUGUUAGACACAUUGUCUGGGAAAGGGAAUCUCACAAUGCUAUGGUGAUGAGCGUGAUGGGGAUGAAACCUUGGAGGAACACCAUGGCCUGGUUCAUAACAACGUUCGCAGAACUGUUAAUUGUGAUGUUCUCCAUCAGCCUGGUGCUCCUGGCUGGGAAAAUCCUACCGAAGUCUGACCCUUCGUUGAUCUUGAUCAUGAUGAUCGAUUACUCGUUCUCGAUCGUUACCUUCUGUUACAUGAUCUCGACCAUAUGCAGCUCAGCAAGUUUGGCUGCCAUCAUCACUGUAGUAAUGUUCCUGUUAACAUUCAUGCCGUACGUCAUCGUCAUUGCUAUGGAAGCUGUACUAGGUCUCGGUUAUAAGCUUCUGAUAUGUCUCAGUAUGUCGACCAGUUUCUGUUACGGCUGCUUGUACGCAGCCAGAAAGGAAGUUCAGGGCACAGGAUUAACUUGGGGCGAAAUGUGGCAGGAAUCUAGCCCCGGUGAUUCGAUGUCUUUGGGUCUGGUGCUUCUAAUGAUUGCCUUCGAUGGCUGCCUUUACGCCUUAAUCGGUUAUCUGGUUGCCAAGUACACGAACUCAGGCAGGGGCUUUCACGAUUUGAGGUCCCGUAGCUUAUGGUGGGCCGACACACAUUCUCUAUAUGGCAGGCCGAGCUACCUCGCCUUCGUCAACAACCUCUAUUUCACUAACGACGUUCUCCACCCUUCAGCCACUUACCAAGACGAAGACAGCGAUGUCAGCAGUUUGACAGUCAGCGAGAAGCAAACGGGGGUGAGAUUCGAGAGUGUCAGGAAGGUUUACAAUACGGAUCAGGGCGAGGUUGUAGCCGUGGAUGAUUUCACGCUGAAACUUUGCGAGGGCGAAGUCACCAGUCUUCUAGGAAGAAACGGCGCUGGGAAAACAACAAUCAUUGUGUACUUUCGUUUCAGCAAGAUGCUGACGGGGAUGCUGGCUCCGACCACCGGUGAGAUUUGUUUGAACGGUGAAGAGGGCUGCAAACCCGACAUAGGGGUUUGCCCUCAGGAUAACGUGCUCAUCGGCGCUUUGACGCCCAAGGAACAUCUCAUCUUUUACGCGAAACUGAAACGGCCCAGGGAAACUGUUACCAUGCAGCGGAACGUCGAUGAAAUGUUAACGUCGCUGGAGCUGGGCAAACAGGAACACGAGCCAGUGUAUCGUUUGUCAGGCGGUACAAAGAGAAGGCUCUGCGUGGCUCUGGCGUUUCUAGGGUCUCCAAAGCUGGUGAUCCUUGACGAACCCGGCGCAGGUGUAGAUCCGGCUGCGAGACGAAGGAUCUGGCGUUUAAUCGAUCAGCACAGAAUCGGCAGGACUGUCAUUCUGUCGACUCAUCAUUUGGACGAGGCUGACAUGUUGAGCGAUACCGUUGUGGUGAUGCACAAAGGGAAAAUACUGUGCACGGGAUCACCUUUGUCUUUGAAGAUGAUGCAUGGUCGUGGUUACCGACUCUUGGUGUCGUUUCCCAGUGAUCGCGAGGAUAACACGGAUUCUAUCGAGAGGAAGAAAUUGGAGACCUUGAAGAGCGUGGUCGAAGAGGUGGUGCCCAAUGCGGUCACUAACGAGAUAUCGGGCACUGAGGCUGUUGUCACGUUGCCUUUCCAAGGGAAGAAUGGAAUUAAUAACAACAUUGCGCAAGCUGCCAAAGUAUUGGAGGACAGCCGCAAAAUAUUGGGCUACUCCCACUUCUCCCUGGAAUGCGACACCCUGGAGCGGGUCUUCCUGGACCUCUGUUCGCGAGCAGAGAACGGAUCGGUUAUCAGAGUCAGCCAGGACAGCGUGACAACAGUGGAUCACGUCGGUCUAACGAUGCCCAAAGAAGGCGUAGACCUGAUCGACGUUGAACCCAUUUUACAUCCUUCCCCUAUUAGACAGGUGAAAGCCUUGCUGAAGAAAAGAUUGUGGCAUUUCAGAAAAGAUUGGCUGACACUUUUAGCCGGUCUUUUCUUGCCAACAAUGUUCGUCGCGGUUGCAAUGGGAUUUUCUUUGAUCAGACCGCCAUCCGAGGAUGAGCCUGCGCUUGUUCUCUCUCCGAAAUUAUACGACACGCAUCCAACUUACUUCUACAGCAUCGACGGUAGCGAGGAUUCGUUUCUGCAGCACGUGUCUCUUCAGCUUCACGAUCGGUUUGGGGAUGAUUACGCCGGAGCGUGGCAGACGUUGCCUAAUGACACAGGAACGUGCCAGUGUUUGGACGGUCAACAAGUCUGCCACGGUGUGUCGCAAGCGGUCGAGGGUCUGUUACAGGUUUUACCUGGUAGACCCACACUUGACUGGAUAGUGUCCACUCAUCAGGAGUAUAUAGAGAAAAGAUACGGAGGAUGGUCACUGUCUCAUGCGAAUAACGAACCAUUAUUCGUUGUCUGGUUCAAUAAUAAGGGUCAUCAUGCGUUACCUUCUUAUUUGAACGCCCUAAACGAGGCAAUCCUGAGGGCAUCUGGAGUUCAGGGUCACUUAACGACCCUCAAUCAUCCCUUGAGACUAUCCAGCGAUCAACUGAACCGUACAACCCUGUUGCAACACGUGGCGGACGUCGGUGUGGCUUUGGUCCUUUUGAUCGCGUUCAAUUUGGUAGCUGCUCAGGGCUCCAAGGAAUUGGUACGUGAGAGAUUGUCGGAGGAAAAGAGGAUCCUUUUCCUGGCAGGAGUCCAUCCUGUCACCUACUGGACCACCGUCUUAAUCUGGGAUUUCUUUAUAUUUGGCUGCUCCAUUGUUUUGGCUGUGAUCGUCUUCGAGAUGUUCGGUCUCCCCGCGUAUGUCGCGAGGGACAAUUUACCUGGGAUCUGCCUUCUGUUGCUGCUCUUUGCGUGGGCAGCAUUACCCUUCUCUCACCUGACAGAGAAGAUAUUCGACGACUCCAGCAUGUCGAACAUGGUGCUGUUCUGUGUGAACACCUUCAUAGGCGUAGCAUCGCUAGCCACCAUCUUGGUGCUCGACAUUCUUGGCAGAACAAAGACGGCGGAGGACGCGAGGAAUAUUUUGCACAACAUUUUGCUCAUAUUUCCGCAGUACGCCUUAGGCGACGCUCUGGUCCAGAUCUCCAGAAACGACAUCACCGCUCAGUUGCUGGAACAGUUCCACAUGGACACGUAUCAGUCACCGCUAGGCUGGGAACUUCUAGGUCCACAUUUCGUGUACCUGGCAAUAGUCGGCACCGUUCUCUUCUUCUUGAAUCUGUUGAUCGAAUGUCGGCAGCUCCCCACGUGGAACAGGCAGAAGCAUCCUUACGAAGCUGUUCAAGAGGACGACGAUGUAUCCAAAGAGAGAAUGAGAGUGGAAAGUGGAAUGUCCGACGAUAUCUUGCAAACGGUGAAAUUACGGAAGGAAUAUAGGAGCGUCUACGGGACGAACGUAGCCGUACAAAAUUUAAGCAUCGGCGUGCAAGCCGGAAAGUGUUUCGGGCUUUUGGGAACGAACGGCGCCGGAAAGAGCACCACCUUCCGGAUGUUGACUACGGAGAUCAUACCAACGGCCGGCAGGAUCAUACUGAGGGGUAAAGAGAUCGAUUCCGGGCCACUUUGCAACGGAGAAGUAGGUUAUUGCCCUCAGAGCGACGCUCUGGAUGGUUUCCUCAGUCCGCAUCAAUGUCUCACGAUUCACGGAGAAGUUUGCGGCUUGAAUAACGUUCCCAAGGCAGUCGAGUCGACCCUGAAGAGACUGGAUCUUCUGAAAUACGCUCACAAAAGGGUGAGCAGUCUCAGCGGAGGUAAUAAAAGGAAACUAUGCACCGCCUUGAGCGUAAUGGCGCCGGUGCCCGUGAUUCUAAUGGACGAACCAACGAGCGGUAUGGAUCCUGCCACGAAGGAAUUGGUCGCCAAAACGAUAACGCGAAUGACGAAGAAUCAGAGUUGCGUAAUCCUGACCUCGCACAGCGUCACAGAGUGCGAGAACUUGUGCAACAGGGUCGGUAUUCUUGCCAAAGCUGGUCUCAGGUGUAUAGGAACGCCGCAGCAUCUAAAACACAAGUUUGGAGAGGGCUACGUGGCGUUUUUGCGAUUCAGGCAACCAGUUUCGUCGGCGGACCUGAGGAAGAUCCUGGUGAAAUAUUUUCCUCAGGCUACGGUCUCGUCCAGACAAGCGAACGCUGCUCGCCUGUUGAUACCACGGGCCCAAGACAUGGCAGUGAGCACUAGCUUUAAUAAACUAAAGCUUCUGGCCGAGGAACUGAAAGCCACGGAUUACACGCUGACUCAAAGUUCGUUGGAUCAGGUACUGGUUAAUUUCUCGGUGGAGAUGGAUACCGAGUUCGACGGGUCGAUUUACACGCAGGGUAGCAGUAACAACGUCUCGAACGUUUACUCCAGCAGGGACACCAUUCACAUGGAAACGUUCUAAACGACUUCAGAAGUGAGUCGAAGCUAUCAAGUAUCGAUCGUUACAUAUCUUGAACUUUACGCAGUUUACAGAUCCGUCAAUCGCUGGCACAUAGAUCCUGGUGACUUCUGUGAUAUUCUUAAAGAUAGGGUUUGCCUAUCAGAUAAAAAAGCCUGUCACAUUUUUACAAUUUGCAACCUAUUGCCGCAAUUCUUUUUAUACGUAUUUGAUUGUACCGUUUUCAUCGGAUUUGUUUUAUUAAUACGAAGCGUGACUCGUUAGUAUUAUUUCCUGUAAAAUUCUUAAUUAAGCAUCGCGAAUCGAUAGUAGCUUUAAUUCUAGAACGCGAUCGUCCGUUUUUCCCGUUUAAAUACACGGGCGUCGCUGAUAAGAGUUUAUAUAUAUAUAACCGUGAUAAUGUUGGUUACAUAAAAGUGAAGAAAUCGGGUCAACUAUUCAAAAAUUUCCACGCUGCCUGAUAAAUACACGUUAUUACAUCAUAUUUAUAAAUUCUUUUCUGUCAUUCCGUCAACGUUUAUGCGUCGAUUAAUUGUAGAUAUCCGUCACGUCAUAUUACCUUCGGUUAUCAUUAAUUCUAAGAUUUCAACGCGUUGAUUGUCACGGUGGUAUCGAUUAUCAGAGAUAACUUUCGAGUGCUUUUUAGUUGUUGACGUACCAUUACGGUUAUCGCUAAAAAAUUCAUCAUUUUCCUUCGAACUAAUGCAUGCACUUAAAACCGAAGCAUAAGUCCUAGAAUUAGUAUUACCUCAACAAUUCCACUAAAAUUGUAUAACUAAAGGAUCGUGGUAAUCAACGUGUUAGAAAGAACAUCGUUCAAUAAUGUAUUAGUUCCUCGUUAAAAAGAAAAUAUACUAUCAAACAAAAUCA